AGAUAUUAAAAUUAAAAGUAUAUAAAGUCCAAUCGCCUCAAUUGUGUUCUUUAACCCUGAUGCAGUAGCACUGAGCUUUGGUGAGAAAACAAAACAUCGGUGGGUGACAGAUAAUGUCCGAUAAUCUGAAGCAUCAUCGCGAUACUACAGCUUCUCAGGAAUCAGUCGAGAGACUCUCGAAGGUUGCGAAAAUUGAGGGGUUCAGUGACGAAGAAGAAGGAUUGGUCUACUCGGAGUCGGAGCUGUCCAUGAACCCUGGGAAUCCUAGAUUGCAGCGUUACUUAGUUGCCAUCGAGUAUAUUGGUACACGUUUCUCCGGUUCGCAACAGCAAGCUACGGACCGCACCGUCGUCGGUGUUUUGCAGGAGGCUUUUCAUAAGUUUAUUGGUCAGCCAGUUAAGAUCUUCUGCUCAAGUCGAACGGAUGCGGGAGUGCAUGCACUAUCAAAUGUUUGCCAUGUAGAUGUGGAACGCAUCAGUAAAAGGAAGCCGGGUGAAGUGUUACCACCACAUGAGCCUGGUGUGGUCCAGAAAGCUGUGAACCAUUUUUUACAGAGAAAAGAUGGCGAUGUUAUGGUGAUUGAUGUCCGGUGUGUCCCAAGUAACUAUCAUGCCAGAUAUAAGGCCCGGGAGCGCACAUACUUCUAUCGCAUUCUAUCGGGGUCGGAUCCAUUAUCAAUCCUUGAAAAAGACCGUUGCUGGCAUGUUCCUGAGGAGCUAAAUCUUCGCUCUAUGCAGGAAGCAUGCAAAGUUCUUGUUGGAACUCACGAUUUUAGCUCCUUCAGGGCAGCUGGUUGCCAGGCAAAGUCGGCUAUGAGAUCUUUAGAUGAACUAAGUGUCACUGAAGUACCAUCAACUCCAUACUUUCCAUCUAUCACGGAAAGGGCCAGUAACCUAAACAAUGGAGAUCCUUUCGCAUGUUCCAGUCAACACAAGACUGAGACUGCUGGUGUGGGUACUAAUGUUGGGGAAGUGGAGGGGUCUACAGAUGGUGAUUCUUUUGGUGCAAGGAGACGGCACCGCUGCUAUGUAGUUACAGCGCGUUCCCGCGGUUUUUUGUACCACCAGGUUCGACUGCUUGUAGGAGUACUAAAAUCUGUUGGCACUGGAGAAUUGACAGUCGCAGACGUUGAACGUAUCCUGGAGGCGAAGACAGUGAGUGCAUCCAAACCCAUGGCUCCUGCAUCUGGUCUAUAUCUUGCCCGUGUCAAAUAUGAGUUUCCAUGAAGACUUAAAAGUUCACUUCAUUCCUGCAAUAAUGGGCGAGGAGUCAGCAGAAUAGGUUUUGCUGAGAUUUGAGAAGCUGAAUAGAGAGAUAAGGUCAUAGAGAUACUGAGUUUUGAUGUGUUCUAGUUCCACCAAAUGAAUCUAAUGAACUGAAAUAACAGUAUUCGGAGCAAGUGAGUUUUGAUCUCUUUCUACUA